CCAGUGUGGCGCCAGACCCCGCAGAGGAAGGGCGUGCUCGGGAAUUCGUUUAAACCUUGGGUAUUCAUCCUCCUUUUCCCUUUGGUAUUUCGUCGAUACAUUGGCCGACGGGAUUUUAUUGAUCGGUGUGUCACGAAGCGCCACCAAGAGAGAGGAGAGAGAGAGGUAGGCAGCAGAAGCACUUAGAGUAGAUUGCAUAGUAGCUGGAGAUGGCCGGGUCAGCAGGCACACCAACGUCACAGGUCGAACUGACAGUUUCUUGCAGGAAUCUACGAGAUACAGAUGUGUUCUCCAAGUCGGAUCCAAUUUGCAUUGUGUACCACCAGCCAUUUGGGUCAAGGGAAUGGGCCGAGCUGAAGCGGACAGAAUGCAUAGACAACACGCUCAAUCCAGACUUCGCAACCAAGAUCCCCCUCACCUACCAUUUCGAGGAGCAGCAGCACCUCAAGUUCUGUCUCUUUGACAUUGACUCCGGCUCCUCCAGCCUAGAGGACCAUGACUUCCUCGGGGAGUUUGAGUGCACCCUGGGCAUCCUGGUGGCCUCACAGAAGGUGGAGAAACCCCUCAGAAAUGACCAGUACAGUAGUAGCGACAAUGGAUCCAUUAUCAUCGUGACAGAGGAGGUCAACUCUAGCAAGGAGGAGCUGCAUCUGCAACUGAUGGCGAAAAACCUGGAGAACCGCAGCUGGUUUUGUGCUCUCGACCCUUUCCUGGAGCUCUACAAGGCGAACGAGGAUGGGUCGUACACUCUGGUCCAUCGCUCGGAGACAGUCAGGAGCACCAAGCAUCCUACCUGGAAGGAGUUUUCCAUUCCGCUGAGCACUCUCUGCAGUGGAGAUUAUGACCGGAACAUCCAAGUAAUGUGCAAGAAUUUCAAGUCGUCAGGCAGCCACAAGCUCAUUGGUACAUUUUACACUACAGCUCGUAAGCUCAAGGAAGGACCAGUGGAGAGUAACACCUACAUGCUCACCCACGAGGAGAGACAGAGACAGAAGGGGAGCAGUUACAAAGGCUCUGGAACAAUUUAUGUCAACAAAGCAUUCAUUCGAGAAGUGUUCUCCUUUAUCGAUUUCAUCAAGGGUGGCAUGGAAAUCAACGCUUUCAUUGGCAUCGACUUUACAGCGUCAAAUGGCAACCCACAGUCGCAACAGUCCCUCCACUUCAUCAACCCCACAAGUCCCAAUCAGUAUGUUAGGGCCAUCCAGUCAGUGGGUGAAAUCAUUGAGGACUAUGACACAGACAAAUAUUUCCCUGUCUUGGGAUUUGGGGCCCGUAUGCCCCCCACAUUUGACCAGGUGUCACAUGAGUUCUUCGUGAAUGGGGAUGCGUCAAAUCCCUUCUGUUACAGAGUCGGAGGAGUAAUUGAGGCUUACUACGGGUGCCUGAAUCGGGUUCAGUUAUAUGGACCCACGAACUUUGCCCCCAUCAUCAACCAUGUAGCCAGGUUUGCUUCAGCUAAUAAAGCCGGAGACAAGUACUUCAUUCUUUUGAUCCUGACAGACGGCAUCAUCACUGACAUGCCACAGACAAAGGAGGCAAUUGUAAAUGCGUCAACCCUUCCCUUAUCCAUCAUCAUUGUGGGCGUGGGUGGUGCCGAAUUUGACUCCAUGGAGGAGUUGGAUGGAGACGUGGUCCGCCUCUCCAGCAAUGGUCGGUAUGCUGCCCGCGACAUUGUUCAGUUUGUGCCCUUUAGGGACUUCCUCAAAGGGAACUGGGAUCCACACAUUUCUAGGUUGAUGCUGGCUAGGGAGGUUCUGGCAGAAGUCCCAGGCCAGGUGCUCUCGUACAUGAAGGCAAAUAACAUACGGCCACAGCCUCCCAAAGUGGACGUGUCUGUGCCACUCCCUGAUGUCAUUUAGAUCGCAUGUUCGAGUGGGAACUAGGAAUGCUCCAGGAGGCACCGGUUCCAAGUUCACAGAGGAAUGGUAUUUUUAAGAAAAGCUUCUUCCUUAUUUAACAUGAAAAAAUGUUUUAUAUGGAAGAACCUAGGCUUAGUCAUGGUGCGUGUACAGUUAGUUUUAGUAAAGAUAUUUACAAAGAUAUUAGCUACAAAUA